UAAACCCGCACAAUGGCUAGAAAAAACCUCGCCAGAAAGAGACAGUCCAACAGUAAGGGUCUUCAAGCCAACUUGGCCCGCCAUCUCCUUGAACAGAAGAUGAACAGGACCGUGACAAAGAAAAAGGACGAUCCUGUUACCAAGGCAAAGAAGGCCGCUAACAAGAACCAGAAGAUACAGCCGCAAGCCAACCAGCGUGGGCUUCUUCCAUUCACCCCUGAAGAACGUGUUUUGCUUGUUGGUGAGGGUGAUUUCAGCUUUGCCGCCUCCUUGAUCAAGGGUGGACUCAUCAAACCAGAAAACUUGGUGGCCACCUCCUUCGAUUCGCUUGAGGAGGUUCUUGAAAAGUACCCAGCUACCGCUCCGGAAUGUAUUAAGGUCUUGGAGACUGCGGAUAUUGCUGGUGUUCAGCACGAUGUUGAUGCUACCAGCUUGAUUAAGACCUUGGGUUUGAGUGUCAGUAAGAAGAACAAGGGUACAAGAGCCAACUGGUUGUUCCCAACCUCUGGUAAGAUUGACGUCAUUAUGUUCAACUUCCCUCACACCGGUAGAGGAAUGAAGGACAUGGACAGAAACAUCAGAGACCACCAGAACCUUAUCUUGGAGUACUUCCGGGCCUCUAAAGACUUGUUGAACUUGACCAACGAUAACGUUUUCAACGAUUUCGGUGGGUACCGCACAUUUGGCCAAACCUCUGACCAGGAGGCGAGAAUCGUGUUGACCCUUUUCGAGGGUGAGCCGUACCUCUCGUGGCAAAUCAAGUCCUUGGCCAAGUCUGAGUUCUUGAAGGUCGAACGCAGCGGAAAGUUGGAAUGGGAGAUGUUCCCUGGCUACCACCACAAGAGAACCAAUGGUGUCAGAGACACUACCAAGCCUGCUAGCGAGAGAGAGGCCAGAAUCUAUGUCUUUGACAAGUACAAGAAGAGACUCGCGAAGAAGGAAGACGGUGGAGCCUCGGACUCUGAUUAAGCUGAGUGGUUGUAUAUUAUAUGUUAUUUAAUUAGGGGUAA